CUUGCUUUUGCAAUGAUCAACCAACUGCAAAUCUAUGUUCUUCCAGGCCAGGUAUGUGCCUCCUUUUAUAGCUAAUAGGCAUAUCUUUUAUGCCCUGGAGUUAGAUGGUGAGAUUAAUUUUAGGUACAGGCAAUGACAAUUACAGGGUACCUUCCCUCCAGGCAGUGAUUAAUUAUUUAACUAGUAAUUUUCACAAUAGUCACUUUCACACACUAGUUAUGGUCAAAUGUUCGGCAAUGUUACAAGCUAUUACACACAAUUUUAUUUUGGUUCUGAUGUAUAAGGAUAAAUUUUCUAUUACAAAAUACCUUCAGAACUUGAACUUUGGAACUUAAGAAACUAUUAGUUAAAUAAAUUAAACUGUAACUUUCACUUUUGUAGUGCUUAAUUAAGAUGUUUAGGAUUACAAUUUAUUGUGCAGAGUAUUUAAGGCUCUGGGCAUUUAUAAAUGGAGAUUGUCUUAAAUUUUGAAGAGGUUGCCCAUUUUCUGUCUCCAUGUAGCUUUCAAAGUUGGAUAGUCUCCAUUUCCAGUCUGAACACAUGGACAAUAUGAUGAAUUCACUAAUUAUAAGAAUAUUGACAUUUGCAAUUAUUUGUUUGGCUGUCUAAGCUUAUGUUGAUUAAUUUUAGUAUUCUGUUAAAAUCAUCUUAGUCUGCGUUCCUUGCUUGUUCUCCUAUUCUAGACCUCUCAUCAUCAUCAUCCAGUAUGGAAAUUCCUUUCCAAACUCUCCUUUUCUAUGAAGGAGACUACCUUACAUUACGCGCUAAUAAUCUGGUUUGUGAAUUUGCAAAGCAGUUCCUAGAAGUAAUAAAGUCCCCAUAAAACUCAAGAAAUUUCAGCAUCCAUUAUCUUAUGUAAAUCAGCCUUUUUCCUGUCAAAUCUUGAAUUUAGGUCCUAUACAAGGAGGAAACUCAGGAGGAAACAUGGUAGAUGUAGAUGUGCACAGGUUUUUGUUAGCUUAGACUUUGUAAAAAUAGAUAUUACAAACUAAAAUAUUAUAAACACGGGUCCUCAUUUUCUUGACUUUGUUGGUUUCUAGAUUAUAAAAAUAUUAAGCACGAGUGUUUCAAAAUUAUUUUAAAUUUCUGAUUUUAGCAGAUUUUGUGUGUGGGUGGUUUAUUUUGACUCUUCAGAAAGGACCAUAUAUUUAACUGUACAUGUAUGUUCAGCGUUUUGAUUUUUAUACUAACUUAUUCUAUAGGUUUCCUGCUACAAAUGCUUAGAAAAUAAGUUGCUGAGUCACUUUAUUCCUAUUAUUUUCCAUCAUUGACCACCUCCAACUAUUCCAAUAGAACCUUCUUUGACAAAAAUCACAUACACUUGAAACUCAUCCAAAUGCAGCCGAACCCAUUAAUUUUUUUUCAUUUUGUCAAAAGCCAAAACACGUUUCCAUUUCCUUACGUUAUAUCUAAGCACUAUGAAGAAUUUUCUGCAUGUCUUUAUCUCUCUCCCUCUCUCUGAAAAUGCAAUCCCAUUCCUUCACAACCCUGUCUUUGGCUUUAAUCAUUACUAUAAUCUUUCUCUACCCUUCAAUAUGUGUAUCAAUUGAUGAGCGAUACCAGAACUGCAGCGGAACAUUUGAUUGUGGAAACAUUACAGGUAUUAGCUAUCCUUUCUGGGGAUCAGCUCGACCUAAUUACUGUGGCCAACCUAAUUACUGUGGCCAACCGGACUUCUUGGCUUAAUUGCAGCAGAAGAAACCCGCAUCCCGUGAUCACAAUCCACGAAUUCUAAUCUUACCAACUCCUUGACUCCUUGACAUCUAUAGCGAGUCACAGACUCUUAAGGUUGCUAGAACAGACUACAUAGGAGGAAUCUGUCCUAAUCUCCUUCACAACACCACUUUGAAUUCAGCUUCUUUCAAUUAUUCUUCGGGUAUUCGGAAUAUAACUCUGUACUAUGAUUGUCCUGCUCUUUCGGCUCAAAUUGCUAUACCUGAAGGGUUUUCAAGUCAGUUUACUUGUACCUUAAACCACAGCAAUAGCAAUGGUUUUUAUGCGACAAGAAGGCUAAGUGAUUAUGACAAUGCAUUAAUCAGCGUCUUGGUAUCUUGCAAAAAUAGCGUUACUGUUCCGGCAACAGAAUCAGCUGUUCUGCCUAUAGAGAUUAGUCCUCCAAAGGAAAAUUUGAUUGCAGCUUAGAGCAGGGUUUUGGACUUCAAUGGACUGCAAAUGAUUCUACUUGUGCCACGUGUAAAU